AUUUAGUGAAACUCAAUUGUUGAAAACCCUUGAGACGACAACAACAAACCAGCCAUAUGGCCUAAUGUUAGUCAUGGGAAGUACUUCGGCCCAGGGCAGAAAUACCAACAUGAUGGAGAAAGGAUCUUCAGAGGCCUGGUAUGUGCAUUGAGUGAUAAGAUGUCUGUCUAGCCAUUUACACUGAGGAUCAUCAUUUUGUAAAUGUUUAUCACAAUUGUCUGCAUAAGUAACUUUGCUUCCAGCUCCCCUACUGAUGGAGACAAGCACAAACAAAAUGGACCACAGCCGACUGCUGGCAGCGGGUGCACCAAGAGUGGCUCCCCAGAGGAGGGCGAGAAGAGGAACCAGGGACGUGUGGAGGACCAGAUCAACGAGGAGCACCUUCAACGGAUUGAGGCCAUGUUCCAUGAAGCAGACACCGACGGGGGGGGAGGAUUGGAUAUGGAAGAGUUUCGUGAGGCAAUCAAGAAGAUCAUGGGUGACAUUGAUGAUGAAGAUGUGGACAUUAUCUUCAUGAAGGUGGACACCAACUGUGACGGCGGUGUGGACUGGGAUGAGUAUCUAAACUACAUGCUGCUGGAGUACAGGGAGAAGGACUCCCUACAGAAGCAGAACCGUCCCCUCUACUUCCCCAAACCUCUAAAGAUCGUCCCUGUUGCCCACUGUGAGCCCAUCGUUCGGCUGCAGUUCUACCCCUUCCAGACCCCCCAGGCAGAGAAGAACGGGGGGCAGGGCAGGGCCGUGCCCAAAACCCGCGCCCAGCUGGGACGCUACCUGUCUGUCAGCAGAGACGGCAUCCUCAACUACUGGAGCGAGAGGUUCAAACUGACACGCACUGUCAACUUGGACCAGCUGAAACGAGCCCCCCCCUCCACCUCCAUCCAACAGAUCUGGGUAACCGACAUGAUCUGCUUGAGCAACCUUAACCUCCUGGCCAUCGCCUCCACCGGACGAGACGUUGGGGGGAAUUGCCGCAUCCCUGUUCCAGCUCUGUUGAAGAACACCUCCAAGUAUUUCCUGUGUUUCAAAGUGGCCCUGCACAAUAACUGGUGCCAUCAGAUCCGCUUUCUACCGGAGUUAAACGCUGUCGCCACCUGCUGUGCAUCUGACCAAACUUCCAUGGUUCUCACCACUGUGCCCCACUCUCAGAAGGCUAAAAUCCACAACUCAUUCUUUCAGCUGAGAAAGGGAAUCCUCUGCUUUGACUACUCUCCCGAGUUUAACAUUCUGGUGACUGGAGGCUUUGACCGCAUUGUGAGGAUAUGGAACCCGUACGUGAACAACUGUGCCACCUCUCAGAUGAAGGGCCACUCCACAGCCAUCACACACAUCGUGGUCAACAGCAGCGACAACAAGAUCAUCAGCAUCUCCAAGGACAAGAAUGUGCGUGUGUGGGACCUGCAGGACUGUGCCUGUCUCCAGAACAUCCACUCCAGGAAUGUGACCAUGAGUCGCUUCCCUAUCUCCAGUGUCCACUACAACAGAGACACCAACACCCUGGUGCUGGCCACCUUCCUGAUAGGGGUUCUACAUGGAGUGGUGGAUGAUGUGGAUACUGUUCACAAGCUACAGACAUCCCAUGAGCAGCCCCUGUGUACAGCUCUCUAUAACACCAACUUCAAACAGGUAGUGAGUGGCUGUCAUAACGGCGUGGUGAGUGUGUGGGAAAUCCUGACUGGGGAGAAGAUCAUGCAAUUCCAGACAUCCCCGGAGAAGGCGGUGGAGGUGACGGCCAUGACGUUUGACGGGCCCAAGCGCCGCCUCAUCACGGGCUCCAAGGAUGGUAGCCUGCGCCUGUGGAACUUCAACAACGGAGCGCUACUAGCUACACUCCCCAUACUGAAUGAUAACGAGGUGACGGGGGUCAUUUACAUCAACCAAAGGAUAUAUGUGUCCGGCUGGAGCAAAAGGGUCAUGUGGUACUUGGAUGUGAAGGAGGAUAUGGAGAUGGAGUACAGUAUCUGGAACCAGUACCAUGCCGAGGAUAUCUACUCCAUGCAUGCCCACGGCAACAAGAUGCUUGUGACCGCCUCCUACAGUGGUGACAUCAUCGUAUGGAACAUUGACUCGGGGCGGGCCUUCUGCCGCUUCAACGCCUGCGAAAGUUCGCGACCACUGCUGCCCAAUCGGGUGAUUGACAGGUCAGCUUUUGACAGAUUUGAGGCGUCAGAGUCUAAGGGCUCGUUUGAUGAGAGCGAAUGGACAGAUUCAUCAGAGGACAGAGGGGAGCCCACAGUCUCCCCGUCCAGCCAGGGGGUCUCAGUGGGGCCCGGUGCACCCCAACCUCAUCCCCGCUCUCCUCAAGAGGACAAGGACGGCUCUUGCAGCAGCACCCCUGAGAUGAUCCAGGAGGAGGAGUCAGGCGCUGAGAAAGAAAAUGAGAAAACUCAUCAGAAGAAGUCGCCAAAGCAGCGGUGCAAGAGCGGCAAACCUCAGCCGAUCAGUGCAAAAGAGUUAGAGAAACCCAGACUGGCUGUGGAGAAGGCUCUUUUCCUGGGAACCAGGGAGCGGAGCCCUAACACAGCCAUCCUGCUGACCAGUGCAGCUGACGGCUACGUGUACGCCUGGUCCAUCCACCACCUUGGGGGGCUGCUGGGCAAGUUCCGGGCGGUCCACUCCGAGGGCACGGCCAUCAGCACCAUGUCCACUGAUCUGCAAGACCAGAUGCUGCUAACUGGGGACAGCACCGGCUACAUCAUGCUGUGGGACAUAGAGAGGUACUGCUUCUGUAUGCAAGGGGAGCGGGAGGGGAUGGCCCCUCUGGAAAAGGCCAUUCAUCUGCCCAGCCUCAUCCCCAGGUACUGUAAGGUGACUGGGCCUCGCAGGAUGAAGGUGGAGAAGAGAACCGAGGUGGUGGAUGGCUGGAGCAUCUCCCUUACCCCUCCGCCCCUCCUCAGCUCCUGGCGGGGUCACCUGAAGGGCAUCGUUAGUCUGGAGUACGUGGAACGUUUCCGCCUCAUUGUCACCGCCAGCCUGGACUGUAAUGUGCGACUGUGGACAAUCGCUGGCAGCUACAUAGGCACGUUUGGCCAGGCCCAGUGGCGUGUGGGAGACCCCCAUGCCUUCCCCUGGGAACUGCCAGUGGACCUGAGGAGGGUUGGCUCCUGCCAGACCCUCAAAGUGCUCAACCAGGGAACACAACCCCACUGGAACUGUGCCAAGCGUAUCCUGGAGACACUGACCCAGCAGAAGCUCCGGCAUACAGCCAUGGCCAGCACUGCCUCUGACCUGCAGGAGCUGGUGCCAGCCGACCCACGCAUCGCCCAGUACAGCAACGACCAGAUCGAGGAGACCUGGCAGCACUGGCAAGAGAAGGGCAAACAGACGAGUUCCAUCCUGGGGCUUGCCUACAAGCAGAAACUGAGGCACCACCUUCCCUCCUGUCCCCCAGACCUCCAGGUGUCCUUUAGCAGCCGAGAGCAGCUACGGGUGUACAAGUCGAUGCCCUGCACAUCCCUGCUGCCCAUCAUCCAGCCUCCGGUGCCUGAGCUACUGAAGGAGCAGCAGCAGAAGACCCAGGACGGGGCUGACAUGCUGGGCAAGCAGAAGAGGAACAACAAGCGUGGCGCUCAUGUACGCUUCAGCUCUGCCAAAGGGGCGCGCAGGAAGUCUAUUGCUCCCAAACAGCAGACCAGGGGAGGCAGCAGCAUCGCCUAGGGAACUGAGUAGCUGCAAUUGUCCAUUGGUUUUACCUGUUAUUUCUCCCUGUUUCUGGAUGAACUGUUUCAAUACACAAUUUGGGUAAUUAC